CCACCGCGACUCGGCGACAGGCCGACAGCCCACCCAAGCUCAAUCCCCACGCGGCGCGAACGUCGACCUCUGCUCUUCAUUUCCAUGGGAGGACUCCCGCGCGGUCGCCUUCCACCUCCGUCGCGGCGACGCCCGCCGCCGACCUCGGGCCGGCGACGGUGCGUCAGUCUCUCUCUUCCUUCCCGAUGGAACGCUGGUGGCUGCCUCUUCACCCCCUUCUCCGAACCGACUGGUACACUUCCCUUGUCUUCUUCGCACGGUGCUUUUCUUCUCACGCACAUGUCCUGUUUGCUGAAAUGCCUUCUUACAUGGCGACACUCCUGAUGGAUCGGAUUGGUGGUCCUGCGGCAAGCCUGAAACAACCUCCAAUUGGUUGAUGAAUUAUCCAAUGCCAGAAUUAGUAAAGCUAGGCUGUUCAAGUAUGGACAUGUUUAGAUGACACUGACCAAGCAUACUCUGUGGUUCCAUUAAUUCCUCUAGCCAAUUCCUGUGGCAUGCUUGCUUGCUUGAUUUCUGAAGAGCUUCCAAUCGGUUUUGACCGAACUGUUUACGCUCUGACAUAGAGCUUAUUACAAUCCCCAGACAUCACUUUAUUGCAUAUGGCUGGUGGUACUUUUGUAGCAUUUUACUUGUAAUCUGGGGCUUUAUUCCUACAAAAAAAAAGAGAACGAUCCCCAAGCUCAAGCCAAAGAGGAAUUUCACUUGGUCACUAGACUCGCUACAAAUGGAGUGAGCACUAUCGUAAACUCUCUUAAUUAGUUGCAAUUCUAAUUAAUUGACACCUAGCUUAGUUAGCCUUGGAUCCGCUGGUCAAGUCUGACAUGCAAAUCUUGUGGAAAGACUUGACUAGAAUGUCAUGCAUAUUCAUCCUGAUUAAAAAUUGGUACGUAGUAUAAUCCGUAUGUGCAACUUUGGAACUUGUCAGAACGUGCAACCCCAUCAUAUCAUGUUCACUGCACGAGAGAACAGAAGAGGUAUUUUCUUUUACAUCCUAAUGAAUGACCUUUCAUAUUAGUGUAUGUUUAACUCAACAUCUGAAAUUUUAUCGGAUUAUCACAUUCGAAAUUACUUUAACUCCUCGUAGUUGAAAUAAGCUCAAAGAAUCCUCCUCCGGCCUGGUCCAUGCAUUUAAUUCGUUCUCCCUUCAAUUCUUGUCCCGUACUGCUCCUACUGUGUAGGCACAUGCUGCAUGCCCGGACUCACUGCGCAGUGUGAACGGCACAGACUCUCAUCCACUCCUUUCCUCAUGCCUGCCCGGACUCACUGCGCAGGGUGAACGGCAGAGACUGCUUUCCUCCUGCCUUCCUAGCUCCCUACCUUGGAUUUUUCUCACUUGGAACAUUUGAUUGAGUACCGGCUCUAAAAGGAUUUGAUUUGCGGUUAAACCUAUGGUGUUGUUCAUCUACCUGCACUUACACCCCCUCUGUGAAGUAUGAUUAUAUUUUAUUUUGUCUCAGUUUUCUCAUGCAAAUCUUCCUCUAAACAUAUUUUCUCGAAUGGCACGAAUAAUUCCUGAUAAUAGAAAAUAAAUAAAAAAUCGGCUGUAUGACCAUCAUCUGUCCUAUAUAGACACAGAAAGUGUAGUUAAUGUGAUGGACCAGAACAUUGAUGCACAGUGUGUAACUGUGUGUAUCAUAUGGUACAUAGGACCCAUCCAUGGUCUGAUUAAUGUUGGCUGAGGGUGGAGCAUAGUCUGAGUCUGUGAAAACUUAAGGCUCACUGAGCAUUAAAUUUCCUGCAGCGCUUGACUCCUCACUGGUGGAGUGAGUAACUACAUUUUCCUUGCACCUAAUUCUUAAGCCUCUCCUGCAUACUUCUUCUUCUUGCUGUUCUUCCUUAGCUAGUCUGCCAUUUGGAUCGGUGUUGGUGGAUCAUUCUGCUGCCUCAUUUCCCGGGUGGAAGAGGCAAAUCAGAAACAAGAAUCUAUCGAGCAGGCCGGCCUGAGAGACUGAGAGAAAGAGAGAGGGGGGGCGUUGGGCUUGGGCAUCCGGUCCUCCCCGAGCUGAGCGAGCUGCUCCUCAAGGAGUACAACCUCGAAGCAGAGGGAGAAGGAUACUGUUAAGAAGGGGGUCAUGGACCUCAAGGCCACGCAAAGCUGCUCUUGAGAAGGUCUCCAAUGUGCAUUAAUUUGCUGUAGCGCUUGACUUCCACCUAAGGUAUGGUAUCCAUGAUCCACAUAUGCGCAUGCGCCAUGCUAAGAUAAGCCAGCGCAUAAUCACGGUCGCACCGGUGGAGACUCUCCGAUCGAGUUGAGUUCCAGUGAUGGCUGAGCUCGCCGGGGGCGCCGUCCGCUCGCUGCUUGGCGUCAUCCAUGACGAGGCUAAGUUACUAGGCGGCGUCCGUGGCGAUGUGCAGUUCAUCAAAGAGGAGAUGGAGAGCAUGAACAGCUUCCUCCUGCACCUCGCCAGGAAGACGCCCCGCAGCGGGGAGCACGACGAGCAGGUCCGCACGUGGAUGAAGCAGGUCCGCGACCUCGCUCAUGACUGCAGCAACUGCAUCGAUGUCUACCUACGGCGCGGCAAUCCGGCAGUCUACCGUGCCAGAGGAAUACUGCUGGGUUACGUGUGGUGGGUGCCUUGGUUCGUGAAGAAGACGCUCGCUCAGCACCUCGCAGCCACCCAGCUGCGCGACCUCAAAGCCCGGGCUCGUGAUGUUGGGGAGCGGCGGCUCAGGUACGGCGUUGAGGUCCCGGCGAAGCUGGACUUCGACCAAAAGCUGAUGGAGGCGUCGUCGUCAUCAACAUUGUUCCAAGCUACUAGGGCAGUUGUAGCCGAAGGAGACCAUGACUUCGAAGAAGACUACUACCGGAUGAUAAGUGAUGAUCCACGAAGGGAGCAAGCCUUUUCCGAGCCUCGCAUUUCUGACAAGUGCACUGAAAAGCUAGUCCGCUGGCUUGAACAACAACAAGAGGAUGGUCCAUUCCAAGCCAUUGCCAUUGCAGCACCAGAUGAAGAGGAUGGAAACGAAAUACCAAAUGAAGCUUUAUCUCAUGUUGCCGUUAAGGAAAAAUUCGACCACAUCUUCUCUCUAUAUGACCGGUCUUGCCUGCAAGAACCCUGGGAUUUUCUUGGUGAUAUCUUGGAGAACCUUGAAGAGGAAUCCAACAAAUCCGUCGAAGAAUUUGGUGAGGAAGCUAUCGACAAGAAGAUUAGGAAAAUCGAGGAGAAGAUCGAAGAGUACCUGGAGAAAGCUGGUAAUAAAGGUUACCCGGUUGAACCCUUAGCAGUACUCUGUGGCAUCUUGGGGGUGCUGCUCCAGGAUGCAACUGCCGGUGAGGAUCAAAGUCAAACCCAGGAAAAGAUCCUUGACGAGACAGUGGAUAAGAUGAAAAGGUAUCUGGAAUCAACGGGUGAAUCGAGUUCCUGCAGGAUUGGUGUUGAGCAUCGCCAAUACAUAGCCAUCCUACAGGAGCUGCUUCCCAAGCAGCACACCACACAGGCAAAAGUAGCCACAAAUAAGCAAGCCGGCGAGGAUCAUAUCGUGAAAAAUAUUAAAGACAUCACGUUGAAGAUUCAUGUGCAGAUCACUCCGGAGCUGCUGCUGCCAGUGUCACUUCAUCAGCUAGAUAAAUCAAUGGGAGAAUCAGGCCAAGACCAGCUGUUGGCAGGCGAGGAGGACUGCAGGGAGAUGAUUGAACAUGUCCUGGAGAGGAUCAAAGAGCAUCUGUUAAUUCAAGAAACCAUGGGGAGGGUUAGAGAGCAUCUGCAGGGUACAAGGACACUGGUCGUUCUCCACAAUGCCUCUGGCUACAAAUGGGAUGAGACUUCAAAGGCCUUGCGAGAUUUGGGUUGCAGUUCAAUGGCAGUGGUAGUUACCACAAAAUACAUGCAGAGGGCCAACGAGUUUUGCUAUGGGACAGAACCCAUCAUAUACUCUUCUAUUGAAUACUAUCGCGAAACAGCACUCCAACUUACAAAUCGGCAUGUGAAUGAUGACGAGAAGUACAGCGCUGAAAUCUACCAUGAGAUCUUGGAGAAAUGUAGGGUGGAUGAGUUCUGCAUAAAGAUGUUCAUCCAUGCUCUGUUUGCCAAUCCAAUGAGGAGCAGAGAAGAACUGGACAAAUUGAGCAACAGCCUCGUGUUUGAAGGAUCCGUGGAGACCAAUGGCUACAAGAUGAUCAAGUUCUCGUACAAUGAUCUGCCUAGGGAAUACAAGACCUGCUUGCUGUACCUAGCCAUCUUCCAUAAAGACGAGAAGAUAAACCGGACAAGGUUAAUUGGGCGGUGGGUUGCGGAAGGACUGAUAACUAGACAAGACUGGCCCAGUUCAGUCAGUCAGGCCGAGCAUUGUUUUGAGGUACUUGCCGACCUAUGGCUUCUCUGUCCUUGCGACAUUGGUACUGCAGGGAAGGUCAAGAGCAUUACGUUGCAUCCACUAGUGUACAACUUCAUCACUAGGAUGGCCAGGAAAGAACACAUUCUGGACACACGCCUAUCUUGGCACCUGGCUCGCCACUUCUCCGUUCUCAGCAACAUCCGGCUCCGUCCCUCGGAUAGCAUCCUCAACUUCUUGAAGCAACCAUCCCGAGCAUCAUCUCAGUUAAAUCUCGUCAAGGUCCUGGAUCUGGAAGGUUGUCCAUCCCUUAGGGAUAACCAACGAUGGCUCAGGAAUGUGUGCACCUCAUUAAUACUGCUCAAGUAUCUGAGCCUAAGGAACACAGAUGUCACUCAGCUGCCGAAGGAGAUCAACAUGCUCCAGCAGCUGGAGGUGUUGGACAUUCGGCACACUCCUAUGAAUGCCUGCGCCACAAAACUGCUCAUGCUACUGAAGCUAAAGCGUCUGCUGGCUGGUCACACCGGCACUGGUGGUUGUGAUGCUAGCACACUUUCCACUGUCCAGAUGCCUCACAAGGUCAGAAAAAUGAUGGACCUGGAAGUGCUGUCCCAUGUACAGGCUUCGAAACAUCAUGCUACAGAGCUGAGAGAGAUUGGCCAGCUAUGGCAACUAAGGGUUCUUGGUGUGACCAUUUAUGAUUGGAAAGCUCAACUUGAGAACUUACUCCAAGGGAUUAGCGAUCUGAAUGAGUGCCUUCGGUCUUUGUCGAUCGAGAUCAAGCCUCCGCCUACCAGGCAGGCUGCUACUCCUCCUGACGUACCUGUAGCCGAUGCUAUCAGUGCACACUGUAAAAACACACCCAAGCUUCUCGAAAUCCUGAGCAUCAGUGGAGUCACGAUGUAUGGGCAUCUUCUCCCAUUGUUCGCAAGAGGCUGCCACAAACUUGCUGAGGUAACUCUUCAUAACACCUCGUUAGACCACAAUGAUAUGGAAUCCCUCGCAGAUUUGCCCAACCUACGCGGCCUCAGGCUCCAGCAUGUUAAUUUACACACUGAGGGAAAGCUUAUAAUCCAGACUGAUGGGUUCCAAAAUCUCAAGUAUCUUGUCGUUGAGGGGGGCGGCAUCACCGACAUCAACUUUGAACUUGGAGAAGCUCCUAAGCUUGAAAACAUCACCUGGCUCAUCGAUGGGAUAGUGUCUCUGUCGGGAAUCAACAACCUUCCCAAGUUGAAGGAAAUGGUGUUCAAUGAUGGUGUCAGGCUACCAGAUCAAGUGAUACAAGCCAUAGAAGCACAUCCAAACUUCAUUGAUACCAAUGGAAUAUGGGAAUUAUGCUAAUCAGGAGUGAAUCUAUGGUUCCUUGAUUUCAACCUUACAAUGUGGUCAGCAAGGAUUGCUUCAUCCAUUCAUUCAAGCUCUACUAUGAUUCUGCUUUGUGUGUGAACUUGAUUAUGCUCGUAUAUCUGUUUGUGUUAAAAAAACGCGAGUUCAUUUCUAUACAGCCAAUAGGGGUGUCUGAAUGUAACGAUAAUGUGUCAUGAUUCAUGAGCGUGGGUGUAUGCUUAUUUGUCCUAAACUAGCACAGCAGCCCACGAAAUGCAUGAGCCACAUCUUUGGUGUCUAUUUUUGUACUUACAUAUUUGACAUUAUAUUAGGUAAAAAACAAUUAUAAUUUCAUAUUUGUUUUGU